AUGCACGCCGCCACCCGCCCGGGAGCUGCCGGCGCUGGCCACGCGCUCCCCCGCGCGGGGCGGCGCGCCCCGCGGGCGGUGCCCCCCGCACGGCCGCCGGCUGAGCCGGAGGCCGCGACCGAGGGCAGCGGCCACGCGUUCUGCCGGCUGUCGGCGGCAGCGGCCGGGGUUGCCGUGGGGCUCGCGGGCGCCCGCGCGGCGGUGGGCGCGGGGCCGGCGCGGCGGCGAGCCGCCCAGGGCUGCUGCCGGAGCGCGCGCGGCGCGGGGAGGCAGCGUGCGCGGCGGCGCUGCGGGGCGGAGGCGAGCCCCGAGUGGACCAUCCCAGAGGACUACAACUGGGAGGCCAACACUCAGGAGAACUACUCGUCGGACGGCUUCGGGCUCGGCGGUCGCUUCGCCGCCAUCCGUGAUCUCACGGACGUCGGCUACCACGGCUGCUACACGGAGGAGCGGGAGAGGUUCCAGGACAGCCUCGUGGAGCAGGCGCUCCAGAGUGCAGUGGGAGGACCUCGCCGGGAGCCGCUCUUGUUGUUCACCGCGGGUGCAAUGGGGGUGGGCAAGACUUUCGUGAUCCAGUGGAUGAAGGAGCGAGGCCUACUGCCGCUGGAGCACUUCGUCCUCAUCGAUCCUGACCGCAUGGCCAAGCGACUGCCCGAAUGGUCUGGCUACUGGGAGCGCGCACCUUCCAGCGCCGCCCUGAUGACGAAGCUCGAGGCAGGGCUGGUCACAGAAUUGAGCCUGGUGGCGGCGCUGCAGGACAGGCGCAGCAUCCUCGUGGACAGCUCGCUGAGGCACGGGUCGUGGUACGCUCGCGUGCUUGACAAGGUGAGGAAGGCCCUGCCGGAGGUCCGCAUCGCGCUCCUGUACAUCCACAGCCGAGAGGAGAUGAUCCACAGCCGCGCGGCCAGCCGCGGACUCCAGGGGCGGGUGGCCAUAGCCAGCGAGGUGAACGAUUCUUUGCAGAAGAUGUCCCGCGCGGUGGGACGGCUGCUACCAUAUGUCGAUGCCUUUGUGCAGAUAGCUAACAACGGAGACGACCCCACUGUGUUGGACCCUGCUGGGCAGCCUGUCGAGGGGUCCAGUGACAGGUGGCCCGAGGUCCGCCGCAUCCUCUCGAAGGCCGUGGGGGGUGAGGCCGCGACGCCUCUGGCAGAGCCUCCGCGCAUCCUGCCGACCAGCGACACCAAUGAGCUCUGGCCGCUCCUGAAGCUGCUGAGCACCAUGGUGUUCGCUGCGAAAAAGCACCGGCGCGACGUGCGCAAGGACCCUGGCGGCACGCCGUACAUUGCCCACCCCCUGGCGGUCUCCCGGAUCCUGACCGAGGUCGGCAUCCGCGACGUGUCCGUGCUCCAGGUCGCUCUACUCCACGACACCCUCGAGGACACCGACACCACGUUUGCCGAGCUCCAGGCGAACUUCGGCGUCGAGGUGGCCCGGGCUGUGGAGAGCCUGACCGACGACGACUCGCUGCGCCCGGCGACGCGCAAGUUGGCGCAGCUGCGAGGCGUCUCGGCGCUGCCGCUGAAGGCAAAGCUGGUCAGGAUUGCCGACAAGCUGCACAACGUCUGGGACAUCCUGCGCCACGGCAUCCCGGGCUGGAGCGAGCGCAGAGUAGAGAGCUAUGUGGCGUGGGCCUGCGAGCUCGUGAGGGCGCUGGAGGGCACCCACGCCGCCCUCGAGCGCCGCUUCCACCAAGAGGUCUCGCUGCCGCCCAGCUAUGAGCCGGGCGACUGGGAGCGCAGGGCACUGCAGAGGGUCGAGGACAGCCAAGACUUCGAGGAGCUGGAGCUCAUGAGCAGCCUGCCGAGGGCUGCCCCCCUGGAGAGCGACGGGGCUGAGGCUGAGGAGCUGCCCGAGCACAAGGCGUGCUCCUCGCUCCUGCGGGCAGCCGAGUUCAUGGCGAGGCGUAGCAGCGGCGGUGCAGACCAGAUCAUCCGUCGCUGCUCGACGGCGCUGAUACUGGCACAGCGUGGCGUGCGCGACGUAGAGACGCUGCAGGCUGCGCUGCUGCAGGGGAUCGGUUUUAAGAGGCCAGAGGGCAGCCAGGAGGUGCCCGCCGACUGCCCCGAGCUUGCGAUGAUCCGCAGCCGCUUUGGAAAGAGGUAG